CUGCCGUUGAACACAUUUGCUCCUGCCGCGCUGGCUCUUUGCUGCCAGGCCGUCGCUGUCGACGCUCUCCCGCUACCCACCCACUCCCCACGCCGGCCACGCCGGCAAUGCCCUCUCCGGAGCCCAUGGAUCCCGCGCUGGAGCGCUCCUUCCGCGGCCACAAGGACGGCGUCAGCUCCGUCUCGUUCAGCCCCACCAUGAAGCAGCUCGUCUCGGGCGGCCUCGACGGGACCGUGAUGGUCUGGAACUUCAAGAUGCAGAUGCGCGCGUUCCGCUUCGUCGGCCACAAAGCCGCCGUCACCUCGGUCGACUUUGCACCGUCCGGCUCGCUCAUCGCCUCGGGCUCGCGCGACCAGACCAUCCGGCUGUGGGCGGCGAACGUCAAGGGCGAGAGCGUCUCGAUCCGCGCGCACACGGCGCCCGUCAACUCGGUCGCGUUCUCGGGCGACGGGCAGCAGCUGGUCACGACGUCGGACGACAAGUCGGUCAAGGCCUGGUCCAUCCCGACGCAGCGCUUCAAGCACUCGUUCUCGGGCCACACCAACUGGGUGCGCGACGCCGCCUUCUCGCCCGACGGCAGGAUGCUCCUCUCUUCGGCCGACGACAAGACGGUGCGGCUGUGGGACGCGCGCUCGCGCGCGUGCAGCCACACCUUCUUCGACCACUCCGACAACGUCGGCUGCUGCGCCUUUAGCCCCGAGGGCAACUGCGUCGCGUCGGGCUCCGCAGACCGGUCAAUCAAGCUGUGGGACCUGCGGACGCUGCAGCUGCUGCAGCAUUACGACGCGCACGGCGACGAGACAGGCCGCCUCUUCUACACCAUCCACGGGCACGAGGCGUCCGCCAACGGCUGCGCCUUUUCGCCCGCGGGCGACUUCUUUGCCACCGCCGCCUCCGACCGCCACGUCAUGUUCGUCGCGACGGUCGAGCGCAUGGCGGGGCAGCUCGACGGGCUCGCAAGGGCGGUGAGCUCUCUGGAGCAUCGGCUGACCGUCUCGGAGGACAAGGCGCUCUCGAUGGAGCGCAUCCUCUCGCGCGCGCUCGACAACCAGAGGCUGCUCAUCGAGAAGCUCGCGGCGUCGUGAGAGCGUGGGAGACCUCGGAGAGUCCCCAGCUGAAACAGCCGCAGGCGGGCGCUGGCACAAUCAGGCGCGUCGUGCGAGUACUGACAGCUUCAGCUGACAGCUCACCGCACGUAGAGCCAGCCGUACAUACAACAGAGCCCGGACUCAAGAAAAUCAAGUGGCGGAAGUACGAGGUAAGGUUGGGACGUAGAGAGUUCAAGG